AUGUCUCCCAAUAUAUCAUGCGUUUCUCUUGGCAUGGUGAUCAUUGACGACAUUCACAUGCCCGGUCGGCCUCCUCUGAAAGAUGUUCUCGGCGGCUCAGCAUCUUUCGUGACGCUAGGCCAGCGUUUGUUUGCUUCCACACCUCCAGAAGUUGGAUGUCUUGUUAUUGCAGGCAACGACUUCCCAUCAAACGUAAAACGAACCUUUGAUGAAUGGGGCAUAACGCUAGUAACGAAAGUGAGGACAGACCGAAAAUCUUCGAGGGGCAAGCUGGUGUACCAAGAUACCACAUUCGGUCGUAUGACAGACACCCUCUUGAUCUGCAAAUUGAUUGCUAACCGACAUACAGCAAAGACGUUCGAGUACAAUGGCGAGCCACUUCGGGCAACACCAGACGAUCUCGUGGGCACACCUCUGUUGCAUGCCAAAGCUAUCCAUCUAUUCGGGUCCCCUAAGGAAAUCGUGGUCCAAGUCCCCCAACUCCUUAAACUUCGAAAUGAUCAGGGUAUCAGUGAACGUCCGCUCAUUGUGUGGGAGCCCCUUCCAGCUGCUUGUACAAAGGCAAACCGCGAGGCCAUUCUCGCAGCUUGCCAAGUGGUCGAUGUGUUCUCACCCAACCACCUUGAAAUCGCUGCUGUCUUCGAAGAUGCACCUCUGCCGGAUUUUGAUACCGAGCGAUGGGAAAACUUUGGACAGUCGAUCUUGGAUUCGUCACUUGGGCCGAGUGGAGCCGGAGUGGUGGUGAUUCGAGCAGGCGAAAAUGGUGCGGUGGCCAUGAGUCAAACGAUGCGACCGAUUUGGCUUCCGUCGUACUACGAGCAAGGAUCCUCCAAAGUCAUCGAUCCUACAGGGGCUGGCAACACCUUCCUCGGAGGUUACAUAGCUGGCUGGCAGCAUACCGGGGAUAUUUGCGAAGCCAUGAAAUUCGGUCAUGUCGCAGCGAGCUUUGCUGUCGAGCAGAUUGGACUCCCCAAGCUUGGGAGCGUAGCGGGUCGGCAGCUCUGUGAGCAAUGGUGUGAGCGUUGUUCAUCGAUUACGAGACUACAAGGAGCGUCGCCUUUGCCGUGCAGAGACUUUAGCAACAUGCAUUUGGAACAUAUCGAUCUGCCGAGUUUCUGGAAUGGAAUCGAACAGCUCUAUGGCAAGAAGCAUGACGUGGUGAUCCGCCAAUCCGGUCCGUCGAAUUCCGGCAACAAGCUCAAACGCGCGCGAGACGAUAGUUGGGCGGUCGAAGAAAAACAACUCAAGAGGACUCGGCUACAGAGCCAGAUUAUAUCGGCGGCCCCUGUCGUCAAGAUUGAUGGCAACCGCGGUCCCAGAACGAGUACCAGAAAAAGCGUGAAGCGCUCUCGAGACGACUCGGACAUUCCUAGCACUACCCAACACAAGAAGCUACGGAUUGAAAGUUCGCUGCAGAAGCCCCAGGAGGCUGUAUUCAAUCCAUUAUGUGGGAACAGCGACGGCAAGAAUUCUUGUAAUUGUCGAAAGAAGAGGCGCAAGCGAACUACGCAUACAUGCAUGUUCAAAGGUCGCAGCGUCACACCACUUGCGUUUGACCUGAAGCUUGCAUCCGCCCAUCCGCAAAGCCAAUGUCCCUUGUUCAGCAAACUGCCUAGACACCUCAGAUCAAAAAUCUACGAAUUUGCUCUAUUGAACUAUGUCUCUGGACCCGACAGAGGUGGGAACUGGCCUGAUUCAACCAUCGCGUGGCCUCUACUCUUGACCUGCAAAUCAAUCUACUUGAGAGCGUACAAGAUACCUUACUUGAUCAAUUAUUUUCAAUUCGAUGGCCCGAAUCGGCCCUCGUUCGACUUUUCAUUACUCGCGCCAUGGCAAUUUGCAUUGAUCCAGAACGUCGGGUGCAGUAUCGUCCAAGACAGCUCAGAACCAUAUUUGAGAGACAUCAUCAGAAUGUGGAAGCCGGAGUCCAGGCAUGACUCCUCGUUUGUGGUACCACGCUUCUUCCAAGCUGAGAGUGUAGUUCCCGAACCGCACAUCAAAAGCUUCAACUUCGCUCUCAUGAGCGCAUACAGGCCUAAGAUCGAGCCACUCAGAGAUGGCAUGCUUGUAGAAUAUAUCUCUGACCAAUGGUCCCGCGAACGGAAAAGGUUUGAUGUCGGCGUCAUGCUCGCUCGUCAACUUACGCACCUUACGCUGCGACUGAGAUACGACGACUGGAGCACAUCGAUGUGCCAUCCAAACAGUCGCAAAAGGGACGAGCAGCUAUCUUAUGACCCUGCUCUCUGCUAUGACAAGACGGAAGAGUGUAUGGAGGAAAUCGGCACUGCAAGCGAUAUGUUCAGUCUAUACUUGGAGCGAAAAGCAGGGAAGAAUCCGCCGGCCACAGAUGGUUCAUUGUGUGCAAUUGUCAACACCAUUCCAUCACUCAAGACUAUGGACAUUGCGCUUGAGACGUACGAGCCCAAGCGCGGACAGCUAGACAGGGUAGUCGAUUGCGCCAAGCUGUGGACGUUUCCCAGAUUAGUUUGGAAUGGCAAGGUGACAGAGGAAGAGUGGAGCACAGGUGAUGAUACUUCAGACACAAAUGGGGAUACUCAGAUGCAAGACGGAACCCAAGAAACACAGGAAGCAGAAACCGGCGAUUGGAGGGAUGCAUGCACGAGAUUUGUGGUUCGCACUCUGCAUUACCGACGGCGGGCUAGCGACGAAACGUUGAAUGGGAUUAUCAAUGGACUGGAAGACACAUCUCUGAUGGAAGUGGACAACGAUGGCUCUGCCGAUGACUUUAUCGUGGACCAUGGGCGUGAAGGAGAUCAUUAGUCGAUGCACACAGAUAGGUGGCGGCGAGGGGUGGAACUGAGGCAAUGAUCGAUGCUCGAGUAUUCCUGGAAUUCUUUUCAACGGUCUAUCUAUUCUCCUUCAAUUCUAUAUGAUCAAUGGAACAUGCUAUACAAGAAAACUACCAAAGUAUCUGACCUUGAGGAACAUCACCUUUUUGUGGGAAUCUCAUAUUGUUCAAAUCAGUCAGAUAAGGAAAGCAUGGAUGUUAUACGCGUUUGUUGUAUCGCAGAUAUAUUGCAAGUGCCAUGCGUGCUCUAAUCUACUGAUAUCGCCCGCUCGUUCCUCACUUUUCAAUACUUUGCCAUUGACUUCUAGAUUGCUUCCCACGAUCUUCAUUCCUGCAGUGGCCCAAUGCGGUUAGCCGACCACAAUCUGGCCUAACCACCCGUUCUCUUCGUCCUCCACCUUCACCAUCCCCAUCGCCCCAAGAAUAAUCGAGCCAGUAUGCGUCGGACUUCCUCUUCUGUUCCAGUUUGUUCUGCCGACGCAUGAAGGUGUCAUAUUCUCCCUUGCGUCGUUGCCUUUCGCAAGAGACAGAACGCAUUGAUGCCGUUGUUUCUACCCCAAUGCCAAAGCGAGUAUGCGGCUGAAGAGCGUUUCCAUGGGGCACCCAGUACUCGACAGUAGGCUGAAUGCGCGAUGUGGUAAUAUGAGUGCGACAAGCGUCAUUUCGGCACAGCAGCGCUCCCUGCCGUGCUCUCGUGGAGUGGAAAUACAGUAUAGACGUUAUU